UGUCUGGGAUAGGUCUGCGAUCGAAGUUUCUUCUUCUGCUUUGUGAUUAUUGGUAUUAGUUCAUAAAAACAGCUUCGUUUAUUGACGUUCUAACAAUGUUCGUGGCAAGACGUGCUCUGUUCUCCAAUACAAUCAAAGACACUUUUGCGAGGACAAAGCAUACUCUUCCCGAUUUACCUUAUGAUUACAAGGCUUUGGAACCCAUCAUUUGUGCCGAAAUUAUGCAACUUCAUCAUUCGAAGCAUCAUGCGACAUACGUGAACAAUUUGAAUGUCGCCGAAGAGAAGUUGAAGGAAGCUGUCGCAAAAGGUGAUGUUAAUACUCAAAUCGCGCUGGGUCCUGCUAUCAAAUUCAAUGGCGGUGGUCAUUUAAAUCACUCGAUUUUCUGGUGUAAUCUUUCGCCGAACGGUGGUAAACCAGAUGCCACACUCCUUAAACAAAUCGAAAAGGAUUUUUGCAGCAUGGAAGAAAUGAAGAAACGAUUAUCUGAAAGCACUGUUGCAGUCCAGGGUUCUGGUUGGGGUUGGCUUGGAUACGAUCAAAAAACAAAAUCUUUAAGGAUAGCUGCUUGCGCUAAUCAGGACCCCCUGCAAGCUACAACUGGUCUAAUACCGCUUUUUGGUAUCGAUGUUUGGGAACAUGCUUACUAUUUGCAAUACAAGAAUGUUCGACCUGAUUAUGUUAAGGCUAUCUUCGACAUUGUUAAUUGGAACGACGUUAACGCUCGUUUCAAGAAGGCUGCUGGAUGUUAG